CUACAAAGGAAGCACACAAAGCUGAGCAUUGCCAAUCAUUUUGAGUCUGUAAAUUGUCUUUUGUUUUCGGGAGAUAAAGAUUAUAGAAGAUGAUUGCUAUUGCUAUCAAUGCUUCAAUCGCGACCGGUUUAACAAAUAAUGUUUAUUGGGUAUCCGUAUUGAGACGGUAGCAGUUAAAGAAAUCGAGGACAAACGUAACACCUAGUUUGAAAUUUAUCCAGCAGAGGGUUCUGUUCAUUUGGGCGGAGUGACAUUUGCGAAAAACGCACUUUGUAAAAAGCGAGGUCUUUUGGAGUUGAAAGUUAAGUUAACUUAUUUAAAGAUGCGGAUUAGCAACAAACUUGGAAUAUUAUUUAUCAUAUUGGAGGCGAGUCACGUGACGGGCUCGUUCUACUGCCAGCAGUGCCGCGAUGCUGACGUCUGUGAGACGGUGGUGGGUACGCUACGUUACACCGUGAUGAGCAAGGGAUACCACCCCGUGGUCACAAUGCCCCGGGGUGCCUGCUAUAUCAACGUUACGGAGGCGGGGCGCACCAGCAAUUUGAUUGCCAUAAAGGACGGAAAUGGCUAUAUAAUAAAUGGUAACUGGAAAACGGAUCCCAGUGGACAAUAUAAUGCAGUCGGGACUACUUUUAUUUACCGGAAGGCGGAAGAACCCUGUUUGGGAGAGUGUAUUACGGCAGACGGUCCCACGUUAGGGAAAGUAGUCAUUCAGCUGUUGUACCAUGAGCGCAAUCCCGGCAUCUACUACAGUUAUCAGGUCGCCAGAGGCCUGAAGGAUUUACCAGACGACCCUAGAAUCAAAGCAAACGACAGAUCCGAACUGCGCGAAGCCGCCAUUGGUUAUCGCAACAUUCCAGAUCAUUCCGAAACGGAAUCUAAACCGGGCAGCUUUCCGGAAUUCGUUCCGAUUCCAGGUGGAAGCGGAAUCCAUCUGAAGGGACCCGUUUUCUCGUCUGAUUUCUCGUACAGACAAAAAUCGAACAGCAGACGAUCACGGCACAGAAACGACCGUCGCGGCGGAAACACUGAAAAUCGACAGGCCUUGAAAGACGUCACAUUCGUUCGCGGUGAAACUGACGAUACUUUUCGGCAGGUUGGCGGACCGGAAGGCGGCAAUGUAAAAAUCUCGUCUGGUAAGGACCCGCUGCUGGCGGUGGACUCAGGUGACGGACUUGCGUCCGUGCUGGAAGUGUUCAGCUGGCGUCUCACAGGCUACACAGAGUGCACGCGGGACUGCGGUGGAGGUAUGCAAGAGAGCCUAUACGAAUGUGUUGACGCCUACUCGCUGCAGACGACAGCGCCCUUGCGCUGUGCAGACGUAUUGAGACCGGAAGCGCGUCAUCGAGUCUGCAACCCGGAACCAUGCACGCCAAGUUGGUCGACGGGCACUUGGUCAAAGUGCAGCGUAACCUGUGGGCAUGGAAAGAAAUCUCGCGAAGUCUCGUGCGUACAGAGAAUAUCCGCGACUGAUUCUCAGCUUAUUGCGGAUUCUUACUGCACGAGUUCGAAACCAACUUCAGUGCACGACUGCUUUUCUGACUCGUGUUUCUAUUGGUCGGCUGGAAAUUGGAGCGAGUGUUCGGUCGAUUGUGGGAAUGGCACUCGUACACGGCACGUGACAUGUCAGGACGAGACCGGAAACAUUGCCAAUAGCAACCAGUGCAAUAGCCAAUCUGAACCCCUGUCGGAGGAGUCAUGUGACCGGGGCGCAUGCGCUGGAACGCAGUGGUAUUUCAGCCAAUGGAAUGACAAGUGCAAUGAAAACUGCGGAAGGGGUGUGGCUACCCGGACGGUUCAUUGCGCAACCUCUGCCGGUCACAUACUUGCGGAUCGCUUCUGUGACGUAUCUAGCAGACCGGAGAGCGAACGCAAGUGCGACCAAGAAGGCCGUUGUGUCGCACAGUGGUUUACUGGACCUUGGGGCAAGUGUUCCCAAGCGUGUGGCCCGGGAGUGAAGACUAGGGAUGUGCUCUGUAUCUCCACCCGAGAGGGAGUGCGCGCGAUUGCCACAGAAACCGAAUGCAAAGACGAGGAUAAACCCGAAACGACAAAACCUUGCACUGAAAGCACGUGCGGAACGGAGUGGUAUAGAUCCGAUUGGUCACAGUGCUCAAAGUCUUGCGGCGGUGGUAUACAGACACGUGCCGUCCGCUGUAUGGGUGGAGACAGCCGCACGAGAAGCACGUGCCACGAGAGCGACAAACCGCGUGACAACAGAGUGUGCAACACGGACCCGUGCCGGUCAGCACAAACACUUGCACGACGCGGCUGCACGGACGAGUACCCAAGUUGUGACGUCGUGGUACAGGCUAACCUCUGUCGCUAUCCGUACUACCAGCGGAAGUGUUGCCAGUCGUGUACCGGAAGUACGCGAAUUUGAAUUGAAAGGGAGAUAAAUAUCUACAGACUGGUUAUACAGUUACUUAAUACACAUUUGCGAAGAUGUGUCAUUCUUAAAGCGCGAUUUUAAGUUGUCACAUUUCAUAAUAUGGAUCGUAUAAGCACUAACUGACAUUAAACAUUAUUAUAUUAGAAAUCGAGUAAUACAUAACAGUAACAUUCACGCUUGGAAUAUAUGUACAUGAUAAAACAUAGUAGUUAGUUACCAAUAUGUGCAACUAUGUGAAUGGUGUGCGGGGCAUUUAGUUUAUAUCAUUGCACCUUGUUGAAUUCAUAAGCUUAUUCAGUUAAGAUUUUUAAAUGCAGCAGUUAUGAUUGUGCAGGGAAAUGUUUAAAGGGGCCUUUUCACAGAUUUUGACAUGUUUUGAAGUUUGUCAUUAAAAAUACUUUAUAUUGAUAAAUGUAAACAUUAAAUUUUAAAAGCUCCAGUAAAAAAAUAAAAAUAAAAUUUUAAAAAGAAAAAAAAAAGGACGCCCGCAGCAGGGCUCGAACCAGUGACCCCCGGAAUCCUGAAGUAAAAACGCAUUAGCCAACUGAGCUAUCCUGCCAAGCGUACAUAUUUGCGUAUUUUAUACGUUAAAUAAGCAAUUUUCGUAGUUUCACAAAUUUAAACGACAACAACAGAACUCUCCAAAUUAUUCAAUCGUUUCGCGUUGCAACGCUUUAUAGUUUUUAGGUUUUUAAAUCGUCAAAAGAUGCAUAUAAUGGCUAUAUUAGACCAUGGCAAAUGUUCAGUAAUACUGUUUCCUAACAAAUAUCAUAACUAAACCGAAAAUUUGCGAACAUAGGAGAUAAUUUGCUCUAUAUUGUGUUAGCACGAUAUCGGAGGAUACAGUUCUUUUUCAUAUGACACACUCCACUGUAUAUGAUGGUCGCAAUAUACUAUUCCGUAAAUAUGACAAACUCUUAUAAAUAUAUAUACAUAU